AUGGAAGAUUUUGACUUGGGGAAACCCUCACAGAAAGCUUCGUCUUCUAUAGAAUCUGAUAUAAAAAAUUCUCCUCAUUCUCUUGGACUGAACUUAAAUACUAAUAGAAGUAGUCCCCACCUUAGUACAAAUGGGGUAUCCUCUUUCUCAGGGAAGACCAGACCAUCUGUAAUUCAAGGUACAGUUGAAGUCCUCACCUCUUUAAUGCAAGAGCUACAAAACAGUGGAAAGACUGAUUCGGAACUUUGGAAAAACUGUGAGACCAGGUGGUUACAACUAUUCAGUUUGGUGGAAAAACAUUGCCAAGAGCAGAUAGUGGCUCAGCAGGAGCAAUUUCACAACCAAAUUCAACGUAUACAGGAGGAAAUAAAAAAUUUAGUCAAGUUACAGACUAAUAAUGCUUCCUGGGCUUCCUAUGGUAGAAGUUCUUUAAGCAAACAAAGAUCUUCAGAAAGUCAAAUGGGUUUUUUUUCUGAAAACGGUGAGAAAAAUGAAUAUGUUAUCAGUUAUCCCAAGUCUGAAGAGUCUGAAAUGCAGCAAGAAGCAUCCUUGUCGCAACCAGACUGCAAUGUGGAUAGUAGCUCAGUGAGCAGUGGGUAUGGAACCUUUUGCAUCUCAGAACUAAACACCUACAAAUCAAAGGACGCUCAAGAUUUCAUGGAGCACAUAGAGGCUUCUGAAGGACACUUUGGAGCACCGGUGGUGCCAGCGGAGCCCCUUGGAGAUGGUGUGAAAAACCAGACUUUUUAUAUACAUCCAAAUGAAGAGUUUUGUGCUUCUUUAAAGGAAGAUACUCCCAUUUUUCCCGGUGAAUUUGAACACAGUUUCCUUGGUGAAAGUAAGAUUUCAGAAGUAUACAGUGGAAAAACAAACAAUAAAUCGAUAACAUCAUGGGCUCAAAGGCUGAAGCAGAACCAACCAAAGAGAGCACAUAAAGAAGAGGGCUACUCAAAAUCUAUGCAAGGAGAUGAGCAAACCAAGAAAUCACCAAUUGAGAAAUCUGAUUUCACUGCUGAUACACAUUCUCGAGGUUUUUACUUCAACAAACCAGAUGAGGGUCCAAAUUCUUGGAUGUCUGAUUCAGGAACAGGACUGACUUACUGGAAACUGGAGGAGAAGGACAUGUAUCACUCUUUGCCUGAGACUUUAGAGAAGACAUUUGCACCAGCCUCCUCCACAGAUAUAUCACCAAGCCAGUCUAAUACUAGUAAUGAGAUGAAGCCACCAUCACUGAAGGAUAUUUAUCAUAAAAAACAAAGGGAAAACAAGCAGUUACCUGAGAGGAAUCUCACUUCUGCUUCCAACCCAAAUCAUCCGCCAGAGGUACUGACUCUGGACCCAACGUUACACAUGAAGCCAAAUCAGCAGAUUUCAGGGAUUCAACCACAUAGCUUUUCGAAUGCUCUUGAUGACAGAAUAUCCUUUUCACCGGACUCUGUUCUAGAACCUAGUCUCUCUAGUCACUCUGACAUAGACUUGUUUUCACAAGCAAGUCAUAUCACUUCUCAGUUAUCUGGUUUCCCAAAAUAUCCUACAGAUGCAAAAGUUUCGCCAGUGGACUCUUGGAAAAAUCAGGCAUUCCGAAAUGAGAGUAGGACCAGUUCCACGUUUCCUUCAGUAUAUACCGUUGGUAGUAACGACAUCUCAGUCAGCACUGUAGAUGAAGAAAACCCUGUCCUGGGACCGCCUGUCUCAGUCAGUCAGUCCCAGCUUCCAGGUACAGCCAAUGGUGUCCCAGAAUGCAUUUCACUGACUUCCCUCGAGGAUCCUGUGGUAUUGUCUAAGAUUAGGCAGAACCUGAAGGAAAAGCAUGCUCGACACAUAGCAGACCUUCGAGCUUACUAUGAAUCAGAAAUAAAUAGUUUGAAACAGAAACUGGAGGAAAAAGAAAUUUCUGCAGCUGAAGACUGGAAGGAAACCAAUCAAAUUCUUGUAGAGAGAUGUGGCCAAUUAGAGAGUGCUCUGAAUGAAGCUACUAGUCAUGUGAGAACACUUGAAAAUAAGAAUAACUUACUGGAAAGAGAAGUGAGUGAUUUCAGAGAACGCUUCAAUGCAGCCAGCAGUGCCUCCAAAAUUCUGCAGGAACGAAUUGAAGAAAUGAGAACAAGUAAUAAAGAGAAAGACAAUACCAUUAUUCGACUGAAAUCUAGACUUCAGGAUUUGGAAGAGGCGUUUGAGAAUGCUUACAAACUCUCAGAUGAUAAAGAAGCAAGACUAAAACAAGAAAACAAAAUGUUUCAAGAUCUUUUAGGAGAGUAUGAGUCCCUUGGAAAAGAACACGAAAGAGUAAAGGAUACAUUAAAUAUAACUGAGAACAAAUUGCUUGAUGCACAUACUCAGAUUUCUGAUUUGAAAAGGACAGUUUCAAAACUUGAAGCUCAAGUCAAGCAAGUAGAGCAUGAAAAUAUGUUGAGUCUUCGUCAUAAUUCUAAAACUCCCGUGAGACCCUCACAUGCCAACACGCUGGCAGGCUCGGACGUCAGCCGGAGGAAGUGGCUGAUCCCGGGAGCGGAGCAUUCCAUCUUCACUGGGCAGCCCCUGGACACCAAGGUGGACAGCCAGCUGGAGGAGACCUGCCUUCCUAGGUACCAUUCUGCUCUGGAAAAGGAUCUUUCACCUGGAAGUUCACCAAGUUUAUUGAUAAAAAAGCAGAGAGAGACUUUAGACACACCAAUCAUGAAAGCUUUAAAAGAACUUAAUGAAGAAAAAGUAUUUAAAAGUUGGGGCACACAGACAGAGAAGGAGGAUACCUCGAAUAAAUUGGUGAAUCCUCGGCCAGUUGACUCUUCAGUCAGUGCAAGUCGGUCCCCAGAGAAAGGUGCCCAGCAAAGACAAAAGAGGUUCAAUUCUGCUUCACAGAGAUCAUCAUCUUUGCCACCUUCAAAUCGUAAAUCGAGUACUCCAACAAAAAGAGAGAUUAUGUUAACACCAGUGACCGUGGCGUAUAGUCCAAAGCGAUCCCCUAAAGAAAAUUUGUCCCCAGGAUUUAGUCAUCUACUUAGCAAAAAUGAAAGCAGCCCGAUUCGAUUUGAUAUACUUUUGGAUGAUUUAGAUACUGUUCCUGUGUCUACUGUACAACGUUCCAAUCCAAGGAAACAACUCCAGUUUCUUCCUCUAGAUGACUCGGAAGAAAAAAAAUACUCAGAAAAAGCCACUGACAUCCAUGUUAAUCAUAGCUCUUCCCCCGAACCGUUGCCAAAUGGAGCGAAGAAAGUCUCUGUGAGACCAGCCUGGGAGAAGAACAAGUCAGUUAGCUAUGAACAGUGUCAGCCCCUCUCCACAGCACCACAGGGUAACAAUUUUGAGUAUACAGCAAAGAUAAGGACCCUAGCUGAAACGGAACGGUUUUUUGAUGAACUUACAAAAGAAAAAGACCAGAUUGAGGCAGCACUAAGCCGAAUGCCGUCUACUGGAGGACGAGUCACUUUGCAGACGAGAUUAAAUCAGGAAGCCUUGGAAGAUCGUUUGGAGAAGAUUAAUCGAGAGCUGGGUUCUGUUCGCAUGACGCUAAAGAAAUUCCAUGUUUUGCGCACCUCUGCAAAUCUUUGA